UUGGCAGCUGUGUGAGCCACACUAUGGAGAAGGUCAUCUCCUUUCUGCACAGCACGACGGAACCAUGCUUGGGCUUCAGCUCCGUGCUCUCGGACACUGACCCACUGCACCUUCCUGAGUGCAGGGGCUGCUGCUCCUGUGCCUGCUGUACCUGAUACUGACUUCAUUUUAUCACUGUGGAAACGUCAAGACCUCAGAAAGAUUCGAGAACUUUCCAGAGAGAAACAGAAGGGAAGAAGCUGUCUGUUCUAGAAGGAACUCGAAGAGACAAAUGAAAAAGACAUUGACUUUCCAGACUCUUGAGAAGACUGAAAAGGAAGAUAACACAUUUUCAGAUCUCAAGAGGUCAGAAUAUCAUCUCCCAGCCCCAUGGAAGUUCCUGGGUUCUACUGUCAUUGAUCAGGACACUCCAGUCCCCCAAACUGGCUGGAAUCUCAAAGGGAAACCAGGGCAGUUUGGACUUUCUGAACGGCUCCUGUGUGUGAAGGUUCUAGAGGGAGACCUGGAGCAGAAGCACAGCCAGCUCUUCUGGGGUCUCCCCUCUCUGCACAGCGAGUCCAUCGUGGCCACUCUCCUGGUGCCCCUGAGCAGCUACUCCCUAGAGCCUGACCUUGUGCUAUUCAAUGGAGUCUGUAAAGCCGCCACAGCCCCCAUUUUGGACCACGGAUCUCCAGCCCUUCCACAGCCCCACGCCUUGCCUCUUACCUUUGUACAUCCUCAGCCUUUUCCUAGCAUAGAGCCCCGGCCACCAACUCUCCCUUUCACUCAGGUCCCUCCUCAGGCCCACGUGCAGUCUCCACUCUCUCCCGUUCAAUCGUCCCCUCUGCCCUGUGGAAGCACUCUCCAAACACCACACAACAGGACUGUCCCUGGGGUCUCCAGUGGGAACGAACAGCUGCAAAGCGGCUUGUUGCAGAAUCAUCAAGCUGGUUUGUGGGAUUUGGUCCCUGGAUACCAGCAAUAUGAAACUGCCUUUGGUCUUCUGGUUCCCGGCUUUCCAUUGGUCAGCCAGCCUUCACAAUACUUUGCCUCCGUCCCCAGCACCGGUCAUUUUCAUUUCAGCAGUGACCUUCAGGACAACCUGGGGCACUAUGGACCACACAAGCCAACCCCGCUCUGGCACUACCAGCCCUGCAGCGGGACAGGAGUACUGGAAGAGAUGGGCCCUCAAUACAAACCAACAGGGACAUCUCCCCAUAGCUGCAAAUGUGCUAAACCUCAACACUCCGUACACUGGGACCAGAGCUCCAGCCACCUCAGGACUGAAGAACCGAGUCACUCAGAAAGUUUCUGUGAGAGCUUCUCAAUGAAGCCUCAGCUCAGAAAGGAUGUAGCCAAGAAUCUUGGCCAAAUCCUAGGGAAAUGCCCAUUAGGCAACCCACAAAUGAUCUCGGGAUGUUAUGUACUGAACAAUCUGAGGGUUGUACCCGAGACAGAGGGGACAUGGGUAUGUCACUCAAGAAUUAACUUGAAAAACGAGCGACUCAGCAUCUCAAGGAAGAGCUUGGACCAAAGACAAGCAAGAAGCGCCCUUCGGUUACAUGUGAGCAGCAAGCUCUGGCAGAUCACCAUGGGUCGGAUCCCAACCAAGGUGUGCAGUUCCUGGCUUGCUGAAGAUGAGCCUCUCUGCAACUCACCACUGGGAAAUACUUACUGCUGUACUGCUAUUCCCGAAAUACCUUUUCUUGACCACAAGACGCAAAAGAUGCUAGAAGCCCAUCUUAUAAGGUUCCGAGUGAGUCAGAAGUGGGGCCUCCCCCUCAAAGUUAUAGAAUCCAUAAAAUUCUAUAUGUUAAGAGAAGCUAAAACAUGGCCUCUCCCUCAGCCUGAUGUCCCCUCAUCUUCAAACAGUGUUUCUGGGACGGAUUUGAAAAGUAACUUCUCCCAUCCCCUCAGAGGAAGCUCUAGCCUUUUUCAUGGAGACAAGACGGAAGCAGCAAACUCAGCCUCCACCAUGGUUCAUCGCCCUCCCCCCACCAUCUCACAUGCAGACAGGGAAGGAGAGGGGUCCCCGAGACAAUCACUGUCUAGCACUGGUUAUGAGGUUACAGAGACGGUCCAGACAACCGAGAGUGAUAGAUACAGCAGUGUGGACAGCAUGAGUCUGAAUGGUGCUGAGCUACAGAGCAGACCUAGUCAGGAGCAGCCCAGCCAGGAUCAAGUGGCUGCGUCUGGGCCAGAGAAUGAGGUGACAAGUUCUUCUUCUCGUCUAGAAACCACUGGAGGCAAACGGAGGUCGGAGAAGAACUUAAAGCAUGUGCUGACACCCAGCAUGCUCAGGGAGAUAUUCAGGGCCCCGGAGGUGAGGGUUCUUCUGUCAGGAUCUGAUGCUAGCGGCAAGUUGGGAAGCUCCACCGAGAAAAAUAAAGACAGCAAUAAAGCAGCCUCUAUUCUAACUGCAGACCACAACCCAUCAAGGAUAUCGGUUCCUGAAGACCCGACAGUGUGGGACUUUAAGAAGCAGUUGUUUACAGAACUGAAGUUUAAGUUGGAGAAUCAGGCACAGAGCCAGACCGAAGGCUAUGAAAGUGAUGUGUCCUUUACCUCAGAGAGUCUGACUGGCUACUUGCCAUCUUCAUCCAACAGUGUGUCCAGUGGGGAUGCUUCCGUUUUCAAGGACUUCCAUACCCACUUACAUAACGCAGGCGUCAGUUUGGAUCCACGGCAGGAGCCCGGGUUCUUCAAACGUAUCUUAAGGAAUUUAACACCAGUUGAGAAAAUACUGGCCUUAUCAGUACCCAGAAAAGAAAGUGGUAGAAGUGAGACCCCAGGAUUAGGGACAUCCAAAACAGGAAAGAGCCAGCCUAUUAAAGGAAAAUCAGACAAGAAGCCACAUCCUCCUGACAGUUACUUCAGAAAAAAGAUAGGACAGUUUUUUCAGUUGCUUUAUUCCAGCAAAGACAGCACAAGACAUAGAUCUGAGAAAGACAGGGCUCUCUUUAUGAGCUGUGGGCCUCCCGAAGCCCAUGAGCUCAUGGCGUCCCUUGGGAAACUCCUGGAGGAUAAGCUGCUGUGUGGACAGAGAUCUGAGUUCUUGGAGUGGAGCCAUAGGAAGAGCCUACAGGCUCAGCCCAAGCCCACCAGGGGGCAACCUUCCAACCAUGGGGCUACCUAUGCCCAACAUGGAGAAGCAAAGAGGAAUUGCUACCAUUGCCAGACAGCCGUCUCUCCUGGUUUAAGUCCUGUGCUAAGUCCUGGACAGAGACAUCCUCGUGUAUCUUUUGAGCAGCGGCCACAAUUCUGGGAUUACUCGCCUACCCCUGAGUCCAGGGAUCCCUAGUCCCUUUCAAGCCUGAAGAUGUGUCCUGUGCCUUCCCGGCCCUCACAUCUGCUAAAGGGAGUGUUCUGAGACUCUUCUACAGAAACAGAACAUGUUUCUGUUUAUGUGAAGGAAAUGUUUCUGCAAUGGAAUCAGUCUUUGUUUUAAAAAAAAUAUUUUCAGAGCAAUACAUCCUGUGAUGAGAAUAAUCUAUUUAGCAAAACAAAGAGUAAAUGUUUCUUCUGAGAGUUUUGUGGGCCUUCUUGCCACAUGCCUAGUGAGAGGGUUCUAUUAAAGUGAAUGUCUAGUCCCUUGUCGGAUGCUUGACAAUAGCCUUCCCAGCUUAA